AUGUCUAUACAUACUCGUUUAUUUGUGGGUAAUAUUCCCUUAGAGAUAAAUGAUGCUGAUGUACAUGAGGCUUUUUCAAGUUAUGGAGAAAUUAUUAAUUUAGAACUUAAAACCAAGCCCGGAGUUGAAAAUGAAUAUGACAGAAAACGUUUUGCGUUUAUAACUUUAAGUGCUUCAAACUACGAUGUCGAAUCAUGUAUAAAGUAUUUUACAAAUGCUGACUUUAAAGGAAAUAGGCUCUAUGUAACAAGAGCCAGGGAAAGUUUUUUAGAAAGACUUCAAAGGGAGCGUAACCAAUCAAUAAAAAGGGAUGAAGAAAAGAAAAAAGAAGAUGAAUUAACAGCAAUGUUUCCACAAGCUAAUCCCAAUAUCAACUUAAAUGUGAAACCUUUUCCACAAAAAAGGAAGUUUAAUUCCUUAAAUCUAUCAUGUGAAGGUAUUGUUAUUGAUAAACUAAAAAUACCCAAUCAGAAUAAAACUUUUGAGGCUGAUAUCCAGCAUUCUAACUGUACUUCAAACAACACAACUUUUGAUAAUAAUGAUAGAAAAAAAAAAUCUGACACAAAGAGAUUAGAGUCAAUGAAAAGGAAGAGGCGAGAGUUUGCAGAGAAAAAAAAGAUAAUAAAAACCGGAUUAAUAGGCAUUGAUAAUGUAUCUAAUAAAAAAGUUAUUUUUUCUGACAAUGAAGAUGAAAACUUACAUAGCAUAGUGACUUCUAACAGUAAUGGAGAUAUUAUUGAAAGUCAUGUGAACACCAAAAACAAAACUCUUUUUGAUGAUGAAGAAAGUGAAUCUGAAGUAAAUUUUGAAAUAAAAACUCAAUUUGAAGGAAAAAAGGGUCAGAAGGUUUUAGAUUUACAAUCAAGAUACAAAUCUGAUAAGCGUUUCACAUUAGAUGAAAGGUUUAUUGAUGAAGACCAAUCAGGUGAUGAAAACGAACUUAGAAAGAAUGAUGAAAAAGUUGAUAUAGGACAAAGCAAUGAAACAUUAAAACAAUUGAACAUUUUGCAAGAUGUUUUAGGAGUUUCUUUAAAAAUGAAUAACUCAGAUUCUGUUCAAAAAGCAAGACCUAAACUAGGCAUGCUAAGGUAUGACCCAAUGCAUCCAGACCAUGCAAAAUUUUUAGCUCCUUCAACUACUCACCAUGACAUUCCCAAAAAAGAAAAAAAAAAGAAAACUAAUAUUCAGGAAGGACCUGUUGGAGUAGAACCAGUUGUUGAAAAAGUUGAAGUGUCCAAGGAACAAUUUUAUAAAGUCAGUGAAACUUUAAAAGAGGCCAUGAUUCAACCUACUUCCUUCAGUUUAAGGAAUUUAUUUUCAAAAGAAGAAAAUAAUGACAAAGGAAUUGAUCAACAAAACACCGAUUAUGUGUCUUUACCUAAGGGCAAUGUGAAAAAAUCAAACAAUCCCCUGGACAAUGCUGGAAAAAAUCCAUUUGUGUAUGAUUCUUCUGAUUCUGAAUAUGAGGAUAGUAAAAAAGAAAUAAACAAAAUAGAACCACAAGAAAGCCAAGAGAUAAAAGCUGUUUGGAGAGAAAAUUUAUUUUUUACAAAAAAUGAUAACAGGCUUAAAGAGGGAUUACUAUUCUUUACCAAAUGUGACAAUGAAACUGAAAGACAAAAAGAAAGAAGAGGUUUGAAAUCAGUUAUGAAGAAAAGAAUAUACAAUAAAGAUAGAAAAACUCAAAUGUUUCAUAAGAAAAUUGGCGGUAGGAAGAAGUCUAUGAAACGAAAAAUAAAGGGAAGAAGA